AUUCAAGCUGCCACUUCAUCAUCCUGUUUCACACACUCCCUUCCACUUUCUACGCGGUCGACUACAGUUGACGCGUCGAUGAGCGCAGUCAAUCCUUUUUCCAUCUCAGUCUUAGGAUUGACGCAAAGAUGACGGACAAACUCCCUCCCCAAUUGCUCGCCCUUUUCCAACCGCGACCACCCCUACGAUAUAUCCCUCCACAAGACAACGGCCCUGAAGAGCGGGCAACAAAGGUCUCAGAACUGUCAGGCUUGGCCGCAUUUCUACCACAGUUGGAAGAAUACAAAGCAACAGAUGAAUACCAUCCUUCCGAAUCGUGGUUGCAAGCACGCGAUCGUAAGCGACUUGAACAGAAACAGCGACAGCUUGAUUUCCAGAAAGCGGAUUUCCCUGAGUACAAGCCCAGUGAAGAUCCCAAGAUCAAAGGCGACGCAGCCAAAACUCUUUUUGUUGGCCGUCUAAGCUACGAAGUCAAGGAAAGUGACUUGGAGCGUGAGUUUGGCAGAUUUGGCCCAAUCGAGAGAAUCCGAAUCGUCAAAGAUGAAACAAACCCCAAACCCAAGAAACCUCAUAGAGGUUACGCUUUUGUUGUCUAUGAGCGAGAAAAAGACAUGAGAGCUGCCUACAAAGAAACAGAAGGUCUUCGCAUCAAAGAUCGCCGAGUGGUAGUGGACGUCGAACGCGGUCGCAUGGUACCUGGAUGGCGACCUCGCAGAUUUGGUGGAGGACUUGGUGGUCGCGGAUACACUAGAAUUCCUCCCAAACCAAUGUUUGGCCAAGGGUUCCAAGGCGGUGGAAACUUCCGUGGCGGCUUUGGCGGUCGCGGAGGUGGCUUCCGAGGCGGUUUCCGAGGCGACAGAGGAGGCUUCGGUGGUGGACGUGGUGGCAUUGGCUAUCAAGGCGGUGGUGGUUUCGGUGGACGAGGUGGCUAUCAGAGUGGACCUCCGCCGCCCAAUGCUCCUAGUGGUCCCGGUGGCCGGAGUGGCGGCUACGGAGGCGGCGGUAGCUACGACGAUCGACGAAAUGGUUACGGAGGAGGUCGAGACCAACGUGGAGGAACAGGGAGCAAUCGGGACCCCUUGGGUGGACGAGACCGUGGCUAUGAGGAGCGCGAUCGCGACCGUGACCGUGACCGAGACCGAGACCGAGACCGAGACCGCGAUCGAGAUAGGGAUCGUGACCGAGGUGGAGAUCGAGACCGCGACCGCGACCGCGACAGAGAUCGAGAUCGCUACGGCGGUGGUGGCAGUCGAAGAAAUGAGGACUACGGUUCUCGCAAGCGACAAUACGACAACGAUGGGUACGACGACCCGAGGCAAAAGCGAAGGUAUUGAUCUCCCCAGAUUUCACAUUCUUGUAUUACUCCACAAAUAUCGUCAAGGUUUGCUGGGUGGGUAUUCUACGAACAAGUUGUAUUUUCACAUGGGUCAGGGGGGACGCCGGCAAAACCCGUCUUUACUGAACAACUGCCUUGGUAAGAGGCAUUAAUUCUUCAUUUGUGCAAAUAUGUGUCAACUUCAUCAGGCAAUUACAAGGGGGGAGCAGCUGAGGCUGCGGCGAUGCAUUUCCACAUCAGCAAUUUCCUCUCCGGUUCCAUUUCCACAUCAGCAAUGUCCUCUACGGUUCGACUUCUGUCUCAUGGCGGAUUGCCGGAAGACAAGUCGCACUCUUGUCGCGUAAGUCGUUGGUUUGUUUCCUAUCGAAGAAACCACCAGAAACAGCGACCAUGAUGAUAGUGUCAUCUAGUCCAAUGUCACGGACCAUGGCAUCCAGAAACAUCAAGUGAAAUGACACCUCAUCUGCCCCAGACAUCAAGGUGCAAGGUGAAGCUAUGAAUAGGCAUAGGUUUUAGGGAGUCCGUGAGUCAUUGGGAUAUUGUAUUGAUAAUCCAAGGCACUUUGGCUACCGCGAAGCCUUGAGGCUGAUCAGCCGCUUGGACAACAAUAGGUAGGACUUUCGACUUCUAUACUUAGGUAGAGAGUCACAUUGUACGCAAAGACCAGGUUUCAAGAUG